GGCAGGGUUCUAGGCCCAGCAAUGGAGAGGAAGAGCUUGGAGCCCCAGCCCUGUUCCUUUGGAGGAGCAUCAGUUGCAAAGGCCUCUGGGAGGAGGAGGAGGAGGAGGGGGCUCUGGGCCCGGGUUCCAGAGGCCUUCCUCCCUUCCAUAGCCUCAGGGCUAAGCUCCUCCAGAAGGCAGCCUCCUAGCCCCAAAGCCCCCCAGAAGAGGCUGGGCCUCAGCGAAGGCGAGGCCAGCCAGGCUUUGGCGGCCCUUGUCCUGAGAAGCUCCGGGGGAGGGAGGCUGGCUCUCUCUCUCUCUCUCGGGGGCAGGGCGAGGGCAAGGGCUGCUGGGGCUCUUUCCGUGCCGAUGGCGGAGUUGUCGGGGCUGCUGGGUCUGGCGGGGGGCCCCGGGCGGGUGCUGCUGGUGGGUCAGGGGCCCUCGGGCACCAAGGCCGGGCUCCAGGCCUUCGCCAGGGAACUCUUCGGCCCCGAUCAGGAGGAGCAGCAGCACCAGGAGGAGGAAGGGAAGGGAGAGGAGGAGGAGAAGCCGGCGGAGGCAGAGCCGCGGGGCCGCCACGGGGGUCCGCCGUGCCUCCUCCGGCGGGAGGUGCGGGUGCGGCUGGGCUGCUGCCCGGGGCCCCUUCCGCUGCCCGGGGCCCUUCCUCCGGGGCUGGUGCUGGUGCUGGCGGGGGCGCCUUCGCUGCUGGAGCCCCGGGAGCGGCGCCUGCUGCGGGAGAUGCUGCUGGACCUGGGCCUCCGCCUGCCUCGCCCCCCGGCCCUGGCCCUGGCCCUGGUCGGGGUGGCCCUGCUGCUGCAGCCGGAGAAGGAGCCCCGGGAGCGGGAGCGAGCGGAGGAGGCCCGCUGCCACCUGGAGCGUCUCCUCCGGAGGACGCUGGGCCCCGGCAGGCCGCCCCAGACCCUCCAGGCCGCCCUCCACAGGCCCGGCGCCGGGGCCCGAGAGGUCCGGGCCGCCGCCUGCAGCGCCCUCCGGGCCGCCCUCCUCCUCCGCCGGAGCCAGGCAGCCCCUAAAGGUGAGGAGGAACCCAAGAAGCAGAGACUCCCUCUCUUCUUAAAGUGUCUUCCGUGGGGCAGAAGGAGGCAGCAAAGAAAAGGACAUUUGGGUACAGAUGAAAGCAAGUUUAAUGAAGAUACCCCCCAAGAUCAAGACGAAGGACUGGCAUUGACUUAACAUGGCACUCAAUGGGAACCAUGAAGAAGCCUGUGGCGAGGCAGGCACUUAGGAUCUUGGUUGAACCACUUGCUGCUGUGCUGGGAUUAAAAGACCUUCCUUUGCUUCUGAAAAUAACAGGAUCUAAGGGUCAGAACCUCCUGAUAUGCUCUUGAGAAAGAGAACAUUGAUGCCCAUCUGUCAGUUCUUCUGCUUUCUCUAAAUUUGAUUGUGGAAGCCUUCUUUUUACAAUGCAAGGAAAAUUCUUGCACUUUCAGAAAGCAAAAAUUAGCUCAUUCCUGCUUUCAUUCCAGUAACAAUGGGCAUCUUCUUGGCAUCAGGAAACACACUGGAGUGCCCUUUAAACCUGGAGCACAGCAUUUGAAGUGGUACAUUUGUUUUCACUGGAAUUAUAUUCUGCAGUAGCCUUUUGCCAAAUGUGACUUAUCCCUGUUUAAUUUCUUUAAUUAUUUUCUGAAGUUGUCUGUCUUCUUCAGGAAUCCUUGCCUUGAGAUGUGCAAUAAGGAUGGGAAAUAUCCUUAGGCUGCGUCCCUGCACUUGAGAGAAAAGAAAGGACAUUAAAGAGAG